AUGGCUUCCAACGGACACCAGCCGACGCGCGACGUCAAGAAUCACCUCCUCUUUGAGAUCUCCACCGAGGUAGCCCAUCGAGUCGGUGGCAUCUACUCCGUCCUCAAGUCCAAGGCGCCCGUCACCACGGCCGAGUAUGGCGAUCGCUACACCUGCAUUGGGCCCCUCAAUCACCAAUCGGCCGCCGUCGAGGUCGAAGAGAUGGAACCCGCCUCCGAAGCACUCUCCGCUACGAUACGGAGCAUGAGGGACCGCGGAAUCGGCCUCAUGUACGGGCGCUGGCUCAUCGAGGGCGCCCCCAGGGUCCUCCUCAUCGACACCAAGACCGCCUAUGGAUACCUGAAUGAGUGGAAGGCCGACCUCUGGGAGAUUGCCAGCAUCCCCUCGCCGCCGUCGGACGAGGAGACGAAUGAGGCCAUCGUCUUCGGUUAUCUCGUCGCAUGGUUUCUAGGAGAGUUCGUCUGUCACGAAAAGGACAAGGCCGUCAUUGCCCACUUCCACGAAUGGCUCGCCGGCGUCGCCCUGCCCCUCACCAAGAGGCGGAAGAUUGACGUGACCACCAUCUUCACGACCCACGCCACGCUCCUGGGCCGCUAUCUGUGCGCGGGCUCCGUCGACUUCUACAACAACCUGCAGUGGUUCGACGUGGAUGCCGAGGCGGGGAAGCGCGGCAUCUACCACCGGUACUGCGUGGAGCGCGCGGCCACGCACGCGUGCGACGUCUUCACCACGGUGUCGCACAUCACCGCCUACGAGUCAGAGCACCUGCUGAAGCGGAAACCCGACGGCGUGCUGCCCAACGGGCUCAACGUGACCAAGUUCUCGGCCGUGCACGAGUUCCAGAAUCUGCACCAGCAGGCCAAGGAGAAGAUACACGACUUCGUGCGCGGCCACUUCUACGGGCACUACGACUUCGAGCCCGACAACACGCUGUACAUCUUCACGUCGGGCCGGUACGAGUUCCGGAACAAGGGCGUCGACAUGUUCAUCGAGUCGCUGGCCCGGCUCAACCACCGGCUCAAGGCGGCCGGCAGCAAGAUGACGGUGGUGGCCUUCAUCAUCAUGCCGGCGCAGACGACGUCGCUGACGGUCGAGGCGCUCAAGGGCCAGGCCGUCAUCAAGUCGCUGCGGGACACGACCAACGUCAUCGAGCAGAGCAUCGGCCGCCGGCUGUUCGAGCGGUCGCUCCGCUGGCACGAGGGCGACGCCAUGCCGGACGACAAGGAGCUCCUCUCGCCGCAGGAUCGCGUCCUCCUCAGGCGGCGGCUCUUCGCCAUGAAGCGCCACAGCCUGCCGCCCAUCGUGACGCACAACAUGGUCAACGACCACGAGGACCCGAUCCUCAACCAGAUCCGCCGCGUCCACCUGUUCAACCACCCGUCGGACCGGGUCAAGGUGGUGUUCCACCCGGAGUUCCUCAACUCGGCCAACCCGGUCCUGCCCCUGGACUACGACGACUUCGUGCGGGGCUGCCACAUGGGCAUCUUCGCAUCGUACUACGAGCCCUGGGGCUACACGCCGGCCGAGUGCACCGUCAUGGGCGUGCCGAGCAUCACGAGCAACCUGUCGGGGUUCGGGUGCUACAUGGAGGAGCUGAUCGAGAACUCGAGCGACUACGGCAUCUACAUCGUCGACCGGCGCACCAAGGGCGUGGACGAGUCGGUGGACCAGCUGACGUCGUACAUGUUCGACUUCUGCGCCAAGAGCCGACGGCAGCGCAUCAACCAGCGCAACCGCACCGAGCGCCUGUCGGACCUCCUGGACUGGAAGCGCAUGGGCAUGGAGUACGUCAAGGCGCGCCAGCUGGCCCUGCGCAGGGCGUACCCGGACUCCUUCUCGGGAGACGACGACGAUGCGGCCGCCGAGGCGGACUUCUUCUCCAGCACCGACAUCAAGAUCUCGAGGCCGUUCUCCGUUCCGGGGUCGCCCAAGGAUCGCAGCGGCAUGAUGACGCCGGGCGACUUUGCCAGCCUGCAGGAGGGGAGGGAAGGUCUGAAUACCGAGGAUUAUGUGGCGUGGAAGCUGCCUACCGAAGAAGAUCCGGACGAAUACCCCUUCCCGCUGACGUUGCGUGGCAAGAAGGGUCCGGUGGUCGAAGACCCCGACGUUUCCGUCCCAGGGCCCGUCAACGGCAGCUACUGA